UGUCUCUCUCUCUCUCGGUCUAAGGUCGUGAACAGGAGGAGGAGGCAAGUCCAUGGAAAACGUGGAGUUCGUUUGACUGCUUUUGUUCCGACUCUCGUGUGCGCUUUUUUUGAACAAUCCAUCGACUCACAAGAAGUGGCAAUCCGUCCAGGGGCUUCGAGUUUCGUAGGAGGGAACGGAGCGAAAUCUGCGCGAACCGUAAACGCAAAAAUACCGCAAAGACAGGUGCGAACUUGUGUUUUGGACGAAGUGGGAGGGGCGUGCGUCUGCUGGCGAUGCCUGUCCUAGUCAAUUCAGUCGUGCCCAGGGGCGUGCUCUCUUUUUGUCCAUUCCACUUUCCCACCGGGAAUCCACCAAAAAAGUUUGUGUUUUUUUUUUUUUUUUUUUUAAGUUCAUCAUGUGAAUUGCGAGGAUGAGGCAUGCAGUUGCAGAGUGGGUUCGAGAAAUAUAGCUCGCAGCCCAGGUCCGCCGCCCGUCGUCCGCCGUCCAUCGUCCGCCGUCAUCUUCUUCUUCUUCUUCUUCUUCUUCUUCCCCCUGUUCGCAGGAGAAAAGUAAAGGCGUUCGCUUUUGCUUCGCGAGUACGACACGGUUUUGCCGUUACGGGAGGAAAAGCAUAUUGCAUGCCGGUGCUUUUGGAGGACUCCCGGGCUGUCACCAUGACUACCCACUUCGUUCCAAUGCUUUCUGAUUCGAAGAGCAGAUCAUGCCUCUAUACGCUGUUCAUAAUCGCUUCUCUUUUCUGCGGUGCUUACUUCAUCAGUAGCACAGUCAUUGCAAAGGAGUACAAAGAUAGAUUAAUUAGGUUGGGAGCAUCUGAGACCAUGCGAAACAAAGAUUCUAUGCGUUGCAAGGAUGAUUGCAGACCUUCAGGAAGCGAGCAUUUACCGAAAGGAAUCGUUGUUGAAACAUCCAACUUGGAAAUGCAACCCCUUUGGGGCCCCAUUAAAAAUUAUAAAAACACAACUCCUGCAAUGAAUUUACUGGCACUAGCCGUUGGGAUUAAGCAAAAAGAAAUAGUUAAUCGUCUUGUACAGAAGUUUCCUUCAAAGGAUUUUGUGGUUAUGCUUUUCCAUUAUGAUGGUGUUGUGGAUGACUGGAAGAAUUUCACAUGGAGUGAACGGGCCAUACACGUGUCUGCAGUGAAUCAAACAAAAUGGUGGUUUGCCAAACGAUUCUUGCAUCCAGACAUAGUUGCUGAAUAUGGUUACAUCUUUCUUUGGGAUGAGGACCUUGGAGUUGAAAAUUUUGAUCCCAAUAGGUACUUGUCCAUUGUCCAGGGUGAAGGACUCGAGAUCUCACAACCAGCACUUGACCCUGUGAAGUCAGCCGUUCAUCAACCAAUUACUGCACGCAGAAAAAGAUCGAAAUUGCACAGGAGGAUGUAUAAAUUUAAAGGAAGUGGAAGGUGUGAUGAAAACAGCACUGCACCUCCAUGUGUUGGGUGGGUGGAAAUGAUGGCACCUGUCUUCUCAAGGAUAGCCUGGCGUUGUGUUUGGCACAUGAUCCAGAAUGACUUGAUCCAUGCGUGGGGCUUAGACAUGCUUCUUGGAUAUUGUGCUCAAGGUGACCGGACCCAAAAAGUCGGCGUGGUUGAUGCCGAGUACAUAGUUCAUCUAGGCCUCCCGACACUUGGUGCUGGCGUGAAGAAUCAGGUGCACGAUCAUAAACCCGUUCCUUCUGCCAAAGACCUUCCAAGUGCCGGGGCAGUUGCUUCGCAUGAGCCCCAUGUAGUUGACAGUAGAUUCGAAGUAAGAAAACGAUCUUAUGAGGAAAUGCAGGUGUUCAGCACAAGAUGGAAGAAUGCCAUUAAGGAGGAUCGAUGUUGGGUCGAUCCAUUUAACAAUCGAUGAAUAAAAGUCGUUGACUGAUUCUCAAUUCUUUUGUACACAAUACAUCACACAAUCUUGGAUCUUCUUUUGAGUCGCCAGAUUACUAGUAGCAAAAGCAGCUAAUGAUAAAAGUGCAGCAGGAACCCAAUUGUGACCAAGUCCGUCUCGGGGGGGAAUUUCAUGCGGGCAGACACAAUUGUGAAGCCAUAUAGUCUCAUAAGUUAAAUUCAGAUUUUGUUAUGUAAAUACUCAGUUUGGAAAUCAGGGAAUAUUGGUGGUUUUAUUUUUUCACUUUUGAUAGGGUACAGGAGAUUCGCAUCUCAAGAGUUUUUUUUUUUUUUUUGGUUUGAGGGGAGGCAACGGGAUCAUUCUUUAUAGUUUUGGAACUAUGGUAGUUGGUGUAAUUCUCUCUCCGGAAUUAAUUAAAGGGUUCGUUUUACCUCUGA